AUGAGCACGAAGAGUGACGUGGGCGGCAUGGAGGGCACUUCGUGGAUGCUGAGCUCUGCCAAGGCUCAAAAUGGCGUACAGCAGCUGCAAUCAGACGACUUGGAUACCCUCUGGCAGUGCGUAUGGCUAGCUGACCGCAGGAGCGACGGAUCGCAACCGCACUCGGUAUACAUCCACUUUCCGAGGCGCACUGCCGUUACACACAUCUCCAUCUAUUUAGACUGUCUUCGUGACGACUCGUACACGCCAACGAAGAUUCUGGUGCGUGCAGGCACGCAUCCCUACGAUCUUGUGGAUGUGCGGUAUCGCGAAUUUGUGGAACCACAGGGAUGGUAUCACUUUAUGUUGUCUGGCACGAGUGACAUGGAGCCAGAGGAGGCACAGGCCGCGCGCGCCUCCAGCGCCUCGAUGCCUCUGCGUGCGAUUGAGCUGUUCGUGCUCCAGGUGAAUAUUCUCGGAAACCACCUAAACGGCAAGGACUCACACAUUCGGUGCAUGAAGGUGUUUGGCCCAACACCUCCGGGGAUUGCACGCCCCCCCGCGCAGCCCGAGGUCCAGCGCAUCAUGACGGAGCGGCUCCUUGAGCAGGGCAAAAACACGCAUGCCUUCCACCGACAGGUGGAGCGCGUCGGCUACGAAAGAGCCGUUGCGCAACUGGAGCGCAUCCUCCAGCAACACCCUCAUGCUGCCUUCGCGCAAGCGGCCCCCACGCGCGCGCACACCGCUCAGCGGUCGCUCCUUCAUUUGUCCCAUACGCUCCGGUAG